AUGGCACACUCUUCAAAUUUUAACCCUAUUGUAGUUAUACUUUUUGGUUUUAUUUUACUACUGGCUGUUCUUGUCCCUAGAAGUGAAGCUAGACCAAGAUCAUUCUUUGUAUUUGGAGAUUCUCUAGUUGACAAUGGAAACAACAACUAUUUACUAACAACUGCACGCGCCGAUUCUCCUCCAUACGGAAUCGAUUAUCCAACUCGUAGACCAACCGGUCGAUUCUCUAACGGAUUCAAUAUUCCUGAUCUCAUCAGUCAACAACUUGGUGCUGAAUCUACAUUACCAUACUUGAGCUCAGAAUUAACAGGAGAGAAUCUUCUAACUGGUGCAAAUUUCGGUUCAGCCGGAGUUGGAAUUCUUAAUGACACCGGUGCUCAAUUUAUGAAUGUAAUAAGAAUGCAUAUGCAACUAGAUUACUUUGAAGAGUAUCAACAACGAUUAACUGCUCUAAUCGGUGCAUCGCGCACUAAACGACUUGUUAAUCAAGCAUUGUUUCUUAUGACAGUUGGAGGCAAUGAUUUUGUAAACAACUACUACCUUGUUCCUAAUUCUGCAAGAUCUCGGCAAUUUUCGUUACCACAUUAUGUCAAGUUCAUUAUUUGUGAAUACAGAAAACACUUGCAGAGGCUAUAUGAUUUGGGUGCACGGCGAGUUCUUGUGACAGGGACAGGACCGUUAGGUUGUGCCCCUGCAGAACGCGCUAUGCAUAGUACUAAUGGAAGGUGUUCUUUUGAACUUCAACGCAGUGCGGCAUUGUACAAUUCUCGACUAGAACAAAUGUUGGAAGGACUCAACAGGAGAUUCGGUAAUGACAUUUUUAUUGCUGCAAAUACAGCACAAAUGCACAAAGACUUUGUUGCUAAUCCAACAACUUAUGGAUUUGUGACAUCAAAAGUAGCUUGUUGUGGUCAAGGACCCUAUAAUGGUAUUGGUGUGUGCAGAACAACCUCCAACUUAUGUUCCAACAGAGGCUUGUAUGCAUUUUGGGAUCCAUUUCAUCCAUCUGAAAAGGCAAAUAGACUUAUUGUGGAGCAAAUUAUGUCAGGUUCAACAAGAUACAUGAAGCCAAUGAACCUUAGCACCAUUUUGGAAUUGGAUGCUAGCACAUGA